GUGACAGCUAAAAUGGACUCAGAAACUCACACCUCAACAAAACUUCCAGAAUACUCUGUAACUGGCAGGGAGGGGGGAGAUUUUGGACUGACACCUGAUGAGCUUGAGGUGUCAUUGCCAGCAGAUCCACCGGUACUGACAGUGAGUAUGCCCUCGAGUGUUGUCUUCAUGAAUCAGCCACCCAGAAGGGGAAGAAACAGUUUGAGCAACCAGCCUCUGACCCUAAAUACAACGCUUGCAACCACUACCUUCACCCCUUGCUCCAUGCCCCAGUCAUCAGCAUGUUUCACCACUCCAAAUCCUGAAAACAUCCCACCAGCCGCAGUGCGUGAUCUGACAUCAAUGUUCUCACCAUUGAUUGGAGAGUAUACAAGCAUCACUGACAACAUUGACACAUCUUGUCUCAUUGACAGCUCCCCACCGUGUUCACCAGUACCAGCUUCAGGCAUCAUGUUCUCUGUUGUUGAAAGCUAUCAUGAAGUGGAUGCUAAACUUAAAGAGAAGUCUGCAGCCAGCAGUAAACAGUUGGAACUCAAGCAAGCAGAGGAGAUGGAACAUCAGAGAAUGGAGUCUCUUAUCCGUCACAGAUUGAGGCAGAUCUCACAGGUAUCUGACUUACCUUUCAUUAUUAUCUGCAUCAAACUCAUUAGUGUGCUUUUGUUUUAGUAUUAGAUUUUUAAAAUAUUCACAUGGUCCUUAAAACUUAGAUUUUGCACUAGCAUCUUUCAUAGAAUUGUUUGAUGUUUGGCUAGUUGAGACUACUUGUUUAUACUCUAUUAUUUUUAUGUUUUAGGAGCUAAAAUACAAUUAGAAUUUAGUUAAAUAACAUAUGUAUGGAAAAUAUUUUUAUUUAUAAGUGUAAAUUUUAUUUUAUAAGAGUGUGCUUUUUAAAUAUUAUUUAUAAGCUGUGUAGCUAGAUAAUGUAGCAUCUUAGAGCUACAGUUUAACUUACUUUUUCUAAUAAUUGGAUUGCUCUGACCAUUUUAAUGAAAUGAAGGCUACCUUUCUGUUCGCAGCCAGAUUGGCUAAUGUUGAUGGGUAGGUUGUGCAAUAUUAGGAGGAAUCUGCAUGACUUAACAAUUUUUUUUAUGGAUUGAGAUCUAAAAUAAUGUCAUAAGGAUUUUGGUAGUAAUUUAAUGUGAAUUAAUGAACUAAAACGGUUUGAUCUAUAACAAAUUCACUAGAUGUUUCCCUUCUAACUUAAAUUCAUCUUAAUUUGUGGAUUAUUAACUGGAGUACAUCCUCAGUAACAGUUGGUGCUAACUUAAGGUGAUUGAUGCAUGAUAGGAAACUAUAUUAAGGUCACGGUUCUUUAAGUGGCAAUGAAUAUGAAUAUGUUUACAAUAUUUUGUGUGGAGUUGGUGAAUAACUUGUUAUAAUUAUUUUACUUUUUAGAUGUCAAACUUACAAAAUUAUUUAUUUUUUUAAAAUUAAGAGGUAUCUAAUAUUUUUCUUGUUAACCAAAGCAAGUUCAUACAAAGAGGGUACUGGUUAUUAGAAAUGAGGCUGCUGGGUACAUUUUAAAAUUGAUAGUACAGGGAAAUGUUCAUAAUAAGGAAGGGAGCUUUCCUACCUUUAUUAUUCCAGGUCAUAAUCAUUUCAGAUAGUGGAGAACAUUUCAAUAACUUGAUUUUCUUUUUUCAAAAUUGACUAUCAAAUUGUUAAGUGAUGACUGUUCUGUUAGUGUGAGUUGUUAUCUUUUGGGAACAUGAGCCACUCAUCAAUCAGUGGCAGACAACUGUGUAGGCCUACUUUGAACAAUACAAAUUUCUAACUAGACAAGGACUAUUGUGGUUGUUGCUUGAUAGAAAAGAAAAUAUUUUGUGAUGAAAAUAAGCAAGUAUGAGAAUGAUUGAUGUGUGAUGCUAUAAAUAUUAACCAGCCAAUCAGAAUGACUGUUUUGUGUGCUGUUCUGCCAACAGGAUGAGAGGCUGGCACGGAUUUUCUUUCAGGUUUGUGUUGAGUCUUUCAUUGAUGGUCAUUCUCAAUAUAGUCUAAUGUUUGUUUUUUCUUUCUGCCUCCUAUCAAACCAUCAUAACCUCAUUGGAUAUGGGAAUUCAAUGUUGCUUUAACUUAUUUUAAACAUGCUUAUUUUAAUACCUUUCAAUAUGUAACAAAUACCUGUUUUGAUUGGGUGGUUUUUUUUAAUGUGGGAUAAUUUAUUUUAUUCACAAAAAUUAUUUGAAAAUAAUCUCAUUCAUUAUUUGGAAUUAGAGAUAUCUCUACUUUGCUUAGUUUUUUACUCAUUUUUAGUUCUUUACUCAUUUUCAAAAAGUUUCUAAAAAUGUUUCACAUUAAAUUGAAUUUUUUACUUGUCUCUUUAUAAGGGUGUUUUUAAAAAUCGCCUUUGCCUCUGGAAUUAUUAUUUUUUAUUUUUCUGUCUUAUUGUGCUCUUGCUUCUGUAUUGUCUAAGUAAGUUGUUUAGUUUUUAAUUGAACAAUCUGAAUAAAAUUAUUUUAAUCAAUAGAAUUAAUAUUUCUAAUAUUCUUUCUUUUUAAAUUAAACUGGCCUUGGAGAUAAUGAACUUGACAUUUUCAACAAUGUUUGAUGCAAAUGGAUUUAACCUUGUUCUCAACCCUAAAAUAAUUGUUUAAUUUAUUGAAUAAUCUUGUGUCCAAAUAAGAAAGUACAAUUUUUUUUUAUUAUAACCUAGAAAGAAAAAAAAAAUUCAAUGUAAUAAUAUAAUAAAUCAAUUUGAUGUCCAAAGGAUUAUGCUCACAUUGUUUCUGUUUAAAAUAAUAUUGAAAAAUAAGUCAGGGCUAUUUAAGUUUUAUUGCUAUCAGGUUUUUCCAAAGUGUUACUGAAAUAUGAAAUAAAGAGCUUGAAUUGGUAAUAAGUUCAAUUAAAUGUCCAACUAAAAAAUUGAUACAGGUAUUUAAUAGCUUAUAAGCCCUACCUAUGAGCUCUAUGACAUAUUGUUUCCUUUUUAUUUUGUCAUUUACAACUAUAAAUAAAUUGAUAGGUAGCUGAUAAGAAACCCAGUAUUCGAAAUUAGACAUCCCUUCAUAAAAGCUAUUAUGGUCUUUAAACUUUACUGGCACUUUUUAUUGUAUUUCAAUGCAAUUUCAUGUAGAUAAAAAAUAAAUAAAUGAAGAACCAUAGUGUUUUAACCAUAAUUUAUUUGUUAGAUUUUACCAUUGUUUGAAUGGUUAUCUUUAUAAAGCUGUAUCAGAGUUUUUGAUGAGUUUUACUGUUUUACUUCUAUUAUUUUCCUAGUUCAUCCUAUGUUGUCCCUUUGUUGUGAUUACAUUUUGUUUAUGUUGUAUUUUUAUUUAUUUAGUACUUUGAUUCAAUCUUACUUUGAAAAAAAUAAAUUUUCCAACACCUUUGCUAAACUGUGAUUUUUUUAGUUUCAACUCUUUAACAAAAGUUAAUAAUGGCGGCAAAUUUUUACUCUCAUUGUUUUUGUUAUAGAUUAAUUUUAAAUAUCCGCUGUAAAUGUUUCAAUUAAACUACAUUAAUUUUUUAGGACGAAAGCGGCAGCAUCAGCGACAUAGCCAGAGUAGUAGUGGCAGAACUAGCAGCAGAGAGUAUCAAACAGACACCACUAGAGGAGGAAUGCGAGGAAGCAUCAGUGUUAGCGGAAGAAGAGGAAGCGGAUCUAGAGGAGCAGUUUGGCCCAGUGGACCACAG